GAGAGGCGGCCCGACCCGACGCGACCGGGCUUCGGAGCCCAUUCAGAAGCCAGUCUGCAGUCCCGGAACAAAGGCGGCGGCCAAGGUGCCCAUUUGGGGGAUUUGAACACCUGAGCCGCUGGUCACACUGUCCUCAUGGGCUUCCCCCUGGCUCUGGCGUGGGCCCUCCUGGUUGGGCCAUGGGUCCCUGUGGCAGCCCUGAGCCCCAUUUCAUGGGAGGUGCAGCGGUACGAUGGGUGGUACAACAACCUCCAGGAGCACAGCUGGGGCAGCAAAGGCUCCCGCCUGCGGCGCCUGGUCCCCGCCAGCUACGCCGAUGGGGUGUACCGGCCCCUGGGGGAACCCCACCUGCCCAACCCCCGGGAGCUCAGCAACACCGCCCUGCGGGGCGCAGCAGGCCAGGCCUCCCUGCGGAACCGCACGGUGCUGGGCGUCUUCUUCGGCUACCACGUGCUCUCGGACGUGGCGAGCGUCGACACCCCCGGCUGCCCCGCCGAGUUCCUCAACAUCCGCAUCCCGCCCGGGGACCCCGUGUUCGACCCCGAGCGGCGCGGGGACGUCGUGCUGCCCUACCAGAGGAGCCGCUGGGACCCCGAGACCGGGCGCAGCCCCAGCACCCCCAGGGACCUGAGCAUCGCUAUGUACGAGUGGCUGCCCAGCUUCCUGGGGAAGACACCCCCGAAGUAUGAAGGGUACCGCCCGUUUCUGGACCCCAGCGUCUCCCCGGAGUUCGUGGUGGCCUCUGAGCAGUUCUUGUCCACCAUGGUGCCCCCCGGAGUGUACAUGAGGAACGGCAGCUGCCACUUCCGGGAGGUCGUGGAUGGGAAUUCAAGUUUCUCCCGAGCUCUGCGAGUAUGCAACAGUUACUGGAGCCGAGAGAACCCAAACCUCCAGAGCGCUGAAGACUUCGAUGCACUGCUGCUGGGCAUGGCCUCCCAGCUCGCCGAGCGAGAGGACCACGUGGUGGUGGAGGACGUGCGGGAUUUCUGGCCUGGGUCACUGAAGUUUUCCCGCACGGACCACCUGGCCGGCUGCCUGCAGCGAGGCCGGGAUCUGGGGCUGCCCUCUUACGCCAAGGCCAGGGCUGCGCUGGGGCUGCCCCCCGUCACCCACUGGAAGGACAUCAACCCCACCCUGUCUCAGAGCCAGGACACAGUGCUGGAGGCCACCGCCGCCCUGUACCACCAGGACCUCUCUCGCCUGGAGCUGCUCCCAGGGGGGCUCCUGGAGAGCCAGGGGGACCCGGGACCCCUGUUCAGCGCCAUCGUCCUUGACCAGUUUGUGCGGCUUCGGGAUGGCGACCGCUACUGGUUUGAGAACGCCAGGAAUGGGCUGUUCUCAGAGGAAGAGAUCGCAGGGAUCAGGAAUACUUCCUUCAGGGAGGUCCUGGUGGCUGUCACCAGUGUGGACGCCAGUGACCUGCAGCCCAAUGUCUUCUUCUGGGUUGCAGGGGACCCCUGUCCACAGCCAGGACAGCUGAGCACCGAGGGCCUGCCAGCCUGUGUGCCCCUCAUCGUCCAGGACUAUUUCCAGGGCAGUGGCUUUGGCUUCGGGCUCACCAUUGGGACCCUGUGCUGCUUCCCCCUAGUGAGCCUGCUCGGCGCCUGGAUUGUGGCCCGGCUCCGGAUGAGGAAUUUUAAGAGACUCCAGAGCCAGAAACGCCAAAGUAUCAUGUCCGAGAAGCUGGUGGAGGGUGUGGAAGCUCUGGAGUGGCAGGGCCACAAAGAGCCCAGCCGGCCGGUGCGUGUGCACCUGCAGCCCGGGCAGAUCCGCGUGGUGGACGGCAGGCUCACCACGCUCCGCACCGUGCAGCUGCGGCCCCCGCAGCAGGUCCACCUCAUCCUGUCCAGUAACCGCGGCCGCCGCACCCUGCUGCUCAAGAUCCCCAAGGAGUACGACCUGGUGCUGCAGUUCACGGCGGAGGAGGAGCGGCAGGCGCUGGUGGGAAGCCUACGGGCGGCCCUGAAGGAGAGCAGGCUGAGUUUCCAGGAGUGGGAGCUCCGCGAACAGGAGCUGCUGAGGGCUGCCGUGACGCGGGAGCAGCGGAGCCUCCUCCUGGGGACCUUCUUCAGGCACCUCUUCUCCCAGGUGCUGGACAUCAACCAGGCGGACGCGGGCAGCCUGCCCCUGGACUCGUCCCAGAAGGUGCGGGAGGCCCUGACGUGCGAGCUGAGCAGGGCUGAGUUUGCCGAGUCCCUGGGCCUGAAGCCCCAGGACAUGUUUGUGGAGUCCAUGUUCUCUCUGGCUGACAAGGACGGCAAUGGCUACCUGUCCUUCCGGGAGUUCCUGGACAUCCUGGUGGUCUUCAUGAAGGGCUCCCCUGAGGAGAAAUCCCGCCUCAUGUUCCGCAUGUAUGACUUCGAUGGGAACGGCCUAAUCUCCAAGGACGAGUUCAUCCGGAUGCUGAGGUCCUUCAUCGAGAUCUCCAACAACUGCCUGCCCAAGGCCCAGCUGGCCGAGGUGGUGGAGUCCAUGUUCCGGGAGGCGGGCUUCCAGGACAAGGAGGAGCUGACCUGGGAGGAUUUCCACUUCCUGCUGCGGGACCACGACAGCGAGCUCCGCUUCACGCAGCUCUGCGUCAAAGGCGUGGAGGUGCCUGAAGUCAUCAAGGACCUCUGCCGCCGAGCCUCCUACAUCAGCCAGGAGCAGAUCUGCCCCUCUCCCAGAGUGAGUGCCCGCUGUCCCCGCACCAUCCUGGAGCCGGCGUUGACCCCGCAGAGACUUCGGUGCCCCACAGACAUGGACCCUCCCCAGGAGACUCGGCGGCGGUUCGGCAAGAAGGUCACGUCGUUCCAGCCGCUGCUGUUCACCGAGGCGCACCGGGAGAAGUUCCAGCGCAGUCGUCGCCACCAGACGGUGCAGCAGUUCAAGCGCUUCGUGGAGAACUACCGGCGCCACAUCGGCUGCGUGGCCGUGUUCUACGCCAUCGCCGCCGCGCUGUUCCUGGAGCGCACCCACCACUACGCCUUUGCAGCACACCACAAGGGCAUCACGGACACCACCCGUGUGGGCAUCAUCUUGUCGCGGGGCACGGCGGCCAGCAUCUCCUUCAUGUUCUCCUACAUCCUGCUCACCAUGUGCCGCAACCUCAUCACCUUCCUGCGGGAGACCUUCCUCAACCACUACAUCCCCUUCGACGCCGCCGUGGACUUCCACCGCCUCAUCGCGGGCACGGCCAUCGUGCUCACAGUCUUACACAGUGCCGGCCACGUGGUGAACGUGUACCUGUUCUCCAUCAGCCCGCUCAGCGUGCUCGCCUGCCUCUUUCCUGGCCUCUUCCGCGACGACGGGUCGGAGCUCCCCCAGAAGUAUUACUGGUGGUUUUUCCAGACAGUGCCAGGCUUAACCGGGGUCGUGCUGCUGCUGGUCCUGGCCAUCAUGUACGUCUUCGCUUCCCACCACUUCCGCCGCCGCAGCUUCCGGGGCUUCUGGCUGACGCACCACCUCUACGUCGUGCUCUACGUGCUGCUCAUCAUCCACGGCAGCUUUGCUCUGAUCCAGCUGCCGCGUUUCCACCUUUUCUUCCUGGUCCCCGCGCUCAUCUACGCGGGGGACAAGCUGGUGAGCCUGAGCCGGAAGAAGGUGGAGAUCAGCGUGGUGAAGGCCGAGCUGCUGCCUUCAGGAGUGACCCACCUGCGCUUCCAGCGGCCCCAGGGCUUCGAGUACAAGUCGGGGCAGUGGGUGCAGAUCGCCUGCCUGGCUCUGGGGACCACGGAGUACCACCCCUUCACGCUGACCUCCGCGCCCCACGAGGACACGCUCAGCCUGCACAUCCGGGCGGUGGGGCCCUGGACCAUCCGCCUCCGGGAGAUCUACGCGCCCCCGACUGGCGACGGCUCGGCCAAAUACCCCAAGCUGUAUCUCGACGGUCCCUUUGGAGAGGGGCACCAGGAGUGGCACAGAUUUGAGGUGUCGGUGCUGGUGGGGGGGGGCAUCGGGGUCACCCCGUUCGCCUCCAUCCUCAAAGACCUGGUCUUCAAGUCAUCCGUCAGCUGCCAAGUGUUCUGUAAGAAAGUCUACUUCAUCUGGGUGACACGGACCCAGCGGCAGUUCGAGUGGCUGGCCGACAUCAUCCGGGAGGUGGAGGAGAACGACCGCCAGGACCUGGUCUCCGUGCACAUCUACAUCACGCAGCUGGCCGAGAAGUUCGACCUCAGGACCACCAUGCUGUACAUCUGCGAGCGGCACUUCCAGAAGGUGCUGAACCGGAGUCUGUUCACGGGCCUGCGCUCUGUCACCCACUUCGGCCGGCCCCCGUUCGAGGCCUUCUUCAACUCCCUGCAGGAGGUGCACCCGCAGGUCCGCAAGAUUGGCGUGUUCAGCUGCGGCCCCCCGGGCAUGACCAAGAACGUGGAGAAGGCCUGUCAGCUCAUCAACAAGCAGGACCGCACUCAUUUCUCUCACCAUUACGAGAACUUCUAGGCCCCCUGCCCGGUGCCCGGUGCCCAGAACUGAGGCCCACGCCUGCCCCGGACUCUGGCUGCCUCUGCCCUCCCCUCCCGGCGUGGCCCGGUGUGGCCUCAGGGGCCCCCGAAUGUGCCCGAGCCUUCGGAAGUGGAGGAAACGCCCAAGAACCCGGGCUGGGGGAGGGCAGCUGCUUGUUGGGGGCAAAGUGAAGCCUUCUCUCCUUGCGUACAGAGAGAAACACAACUCAAGGCAACCAGCAGUGUGCCCACGCGAGUGUGCGUGUGCCUGUGUGCCGGUGACCGCGAGGCUGCGGUUCGAGUGAGGCCACAGAUGCAGGCGUCCUACAGCGCCCCUCGCCCUUCUGGGGUCCGCGCUUGCAAAAGGACUGGAGAGAAUGAGCGGAGAGCCCUCGGCGUCCCGCUCAGCACCCCCGGCCCCCUCGCGGGCUGUGAUCACGCGC